AUGACCCUUUCCCUGAAGAUCGUCGAAAUGUGGCAGCAGCAGGUAUGGGACAGUUACAGCAGUUGGCAGAUCCUGAAGAAUUUCGCUCUACCUUUUCCCACGGAGAUCCGAAAGCUGCCCGGAGGGGGGCAAGGGGCUCACCGAGAACACUGGUUAGGAAAAGAGCUCCUGGCGGCGGGCUACACGGAGCCGACACCCAUCCAGGACCUGGAGGCCUCCACGGUCGCGCCGACCCGCGAGCUCGCCGCGCAGAUCCACCGCGAGGCUGGCGAGUUCAAUCAGUUCAAUCGGUUGGCCUUCCUCAUGGCCCGGGGAGGCGAGGCUGCGGCGACAGCGGCUCGAGCCAUCGCGUCCUGUGGUGCACGCAAGCAGCUGACGGAAGCGUUGGCCAUCUUCGAUCGCUUUGUCGCUGAAAAUGGCAGCCCCACGCGUCAUUUAUUCUCGUCGUUUCUGAACGUGCACGUUCUUUGUGGCGAUCUCCGUGGCGCUGUCAAGGUCGCGGCGAAAAUGCAGGAGAAUGAUUUGCCUCUCGGGGUCGUCGAGUACACCACUCUGCUGAAGGGGCACCUCAACGCCGGCGAUGUGGAUGCUAGCAAGGCAGUGCUGGAGACCAUGAGCCAGGCUUCACCACCUGUCUACCCGGACAUACGUGCGGCCAACACGUUUUUGCGAGGCUGCCUCAAGCUCGGAGUGCUGCCGGAUGCAGAAGAAUUCUAUGCCCAGCUCCCGCAGUGGUCCAUCGAGCCAGAUGCGGCAACGGUGAAGAUCUGGGGCCAGAUCCUGGCACAAGGUCUCCGGCUGAAGCCCCUUCAGCGACUGUGGAAGGAGACCGAGAGCAAGGAGUCCUCGCUGGAGCAGCUCGACAAUGCCGCCGGGCUCAACUGUGCCAUUGCUCAAGUAGCCUGUCUCCUCGGUGCGCGAAAGGCAGCUGGGAAAGCCCUCGAGCGAGCUGGAAAUGCCCUUGCCGCGGAGCUUACAGCACAAGCCGAGUUCGACCGCUUGCGCCGACAGGAGCUGCAGCGAGAGGUGGCUUCCCUGAAGAAGGCCAUCAAGGCCGCGCCCUUUGACCUCGUCGCAUUUUUCCGCCGCCUCCUGGCGGCUCCUUCACAGCGCCAGGGACGAAAUUCCGCUGCAGGCGUUGUUACGCCCUUCGAGGCACUUCGACGAGGAUUUGGUUUGCCACAGUGCUUUGAGCGGGGGCUAUGCAGCGAGGAGGACUUCCAAACCCAGCUAGCCCGCUCUCUUCGUGGUGGACGGCUCCGAUGGAACCGCCUCUUCGGCUCAAAGAGGCCAACACUUCUGGAGGUCUGCUCUGGCACCGGAGACUGGGUGGUGGCACAGGCUCAGGCAGAUGCCGGACGCGCCAAUUGGGUCGCGAGCGAGCUGCGAUAUGAUCGGGCCUGGAGCAUCAUGACGAAGGCCGUCUUUGCCAGUGUCGACAAUUUGGCAGUGAUUGCUGGCGAUGCUGGCACUGUGCUGAAAGAGUGGGUGCUUCCGGGGAGCGUGGCAAAGGUCUGCGUAAACUUCCCCGAGCCUCCGCAGACCACUCGAAAUGCGAACUGUGACGAGGCAGAAUCCGAGCUGCACCUGCUGACAUCCGACUUUUUCGAAGAUGUCCACAAAGCUCUAAGCGACGGUGGCGUGUUGACAAUUUUUUCGGACAACCAGGAGUACAUGCGCUCCCUGGCACGGACUCUCGGCCUCCUACGUCGGGGCCGCGGCGGUCGCAUUUUCGAGGCCUCGAGUGACGUGGACGCCUCACACCUGGAGGAUGCCGAGGAGAUGUGUGGCUUGUUGAUCUGCCGUGGAUGUCCCGGCGAAGCCGAGGGCCAUGCGGCGAAGGUGUCUUCCCAGUUCGACCGUUUCUUUCAGCAUGGCCAGCACACCGAUCGAUUCUACAUCUCUGUAGUCAAGGUCCAGGACCCGGAGAUCUGCUACGGGCUGAAGCGGCGACUUAAGUUAAGGUCACCAGCCAAGAUGACCAGCUUUGAGAGUGGCCUGCAGCAGAAGCUGGGCAAGAGGCGCGAGAAGCAGAAGCAGGAGAUGAUGGAGGCAACUAUGGCUGCCUUCCGACGAAAGAGUUUGCAGGAAGAAAGAAGGAACAGCCUCGCUGGCACAAGCUUGUCUGCAGCGGCUGCGAUGUCGCCGAUGUCCAAGAA